AUGAAAGAGAAGAUCAGAAGGGAGGCCAUGAAUGGGAAGUGCGCAGCAUCCCAAAUCAGCUCCGCGUGUCAGUGGAGGGCUCGUGCCCGGCUCCUCUUCUUUUCCGAACCAGCUGCUUCCCUUAUCGCUAACACGCAGCACAUGUUCCCAGCGAGGAACCAGCCGCGCUGUCUGGCCUUCAUUCCCGCUCUGGAUCGGAGGAGGACUGCGGAGUGCGGAAGAAGGAAGCGGUCCCGGCCAGAAGCCUUGGACACCUCCGGCUGUUCCACACAUCAACUCCCUGCUGGUGGCACAGGAGACCAGAAAGGUUACCUGACGGUCAGCAUCGAGCCGUUGCCACCUGUGGUGGUGGGGGAUGCCGUGACGCUGAAAUGCAACUUCAAGACGGACGGCAGGAUGCGGGAGAUCGUCUGGUACCGGGUGACGGACGGCGGGACCAUCAAGCAGAAGAUUUUCACCUUCGAUGCCAUGUUCUCCACCAACCAGUCGCACAUGGAGAAUUACCGCAAACGGGAGGACCUGGUGUACCAGUCGACUGUACGGCUCCCCGAAGUCCGGAUUUCAGACAACGGCCCCUAUGAGUGCCACGUGGGUAUUUACGACAGAGCGACCCGGGAGAAGGUGGUGCUGGCGUCCGGAAACAUCUUCCUCAACGUGAUGUCGCCUCCGAUAUCCAUCUCCGUGAUUGCUGCCGACACGCCGGCCCCCUUCAGCCGCUACCAGGCGCAGAACUUCACCUUGGUCUGCAUCGUCUCCGGCGGGAAGCCGGCUCCCAUGGUGUACUUCAAGAGGGACGGCGAGCCGAUCGAGGUGGUGCCGCUGAUGGAGCCGCCGGUCAACCCCUCCGGGCUGCAGGACGGCCGGCCCGCGCGCAACCUCUUCCACCGCGACCUGGACGACACCAAGCUGCAGAAGUCGCGCUCGCUGCUGGACGUGGAGGGCCGGGGCGGGCGGCCCUUCACCGAGGACCCCCGGGCGAGCCUCACCCCGGACAGCGGGCUCUUGCUCGGCCCCGCCACGGAGGCCGUCCCCGAGACGGUGGUGAGCCGGGAGUUCCCGCGCUGGAUCCAGAACGUGGAGCCCGUCUACUUCUUCCACCACACCCACCUCCCCGUCAGCGACGGCACCGUGGAGGUGCGGGCCAUGCUCAUGUGGACGCUGAACCCUCAGAUAGACAAUGACGCCCUCUUCAGUUGCGAGGUCAAGCACCCGGCCCUCUCCAUGCCCAUGCAGUCCGAGGUCACGCUAGUGGCUCCCAAGGGCCCCAAGAUCCUGAUGACCCCGACGAGAGCCCGCGUCGGAGACACGGUCCGCAUCCUGGUGCAGGGCUUCCAGAACGAAGUCUUCCCCGAGCCCCUGUUCACCUGGACCCGCGUUGGCAGCAGGCUCCUGGACGGCAGCACCGAGCACCACGGGAAGGAGCUGGUCCUGGAGCGCGUGCCGGCAGAGCUGAACGGCUCCAUGUACCGCUGCACCGCCCAGAACCCGCUGGGCUCCACGGACACGCACACCCGGCUCAUCGUGUUCGAAAACCCAAAUAUUCCAAGAGGAUCCGAGGACUCCAACGGUUCCCCCACCGCAAGCAGCAACUUCCGGCUGGUCCUGGCCGUCAUCUUAACAGUCGCCUUGGAGCUGACGUGAAAGUCCCUGCCUCGGCGGCCCUCACCUCUGCCCCUCGAAUGGCUUUGUCCUGCAUCCACACCUCUGUCGACCGGGUUUCUUUUCGUUUUGUUUCCCUUUUCUAUUUCGCAUUUUCUUUUCUCUCUUUUCGCCCCUCUAAACUAUUUACAGUCCUGUUAUUGGUCUCUUUCUGUCUGUGUCUUGGCUUUGUCAUCAAAUUUAAUUAAAAAGAAAACAAUGGGGGAAAAAAUGAGGACGAAAAGCCGACCGCCACCACACGGAAACUUUGUGUAUACGGCUGAUGCAAAUUGCAGUUUUCCUUUUGCAUUGUGUGCAGGUAUUAAAAAGAGGAAGCAGGCCAGCAAAGAUCUCUGAGUCCACCUAAAACGAUGAUUAGGAGAAUAUGUGAAACUGUUUUCCAGGAAUGGGUUCAUGUGUGAGCAGGCAGGCAACUUUGGCCGUGGCCACGCUGGCAUUUCGAUGCCAUCUGGCACUCUGGAGUACUGGAUUUGGGUUGUUCAUCUGUUCUUUGCUGUUGUAUGUUGCUGUACUUGUUUGUAAGGCGGGGGGACCCACAGGGGACUGCGACUCAAAAUUCCCACUCCCAGUGCUGCAGUUUUCACAUGUUUAAAAGAGAAAGCACUCUUCUAGUCCUCAAGCUCCACAGCAUUUCUUCCAUCCCUGUAUUGCCCACCCGUGAGCUUUCCAGGGCAGAAGGCAAAACCGGUGGACAACUAUAACGGAUUUGGACAGUUCUGAAGUUCAUGAAAGCCCUUGAAAGCAUUGAGCGGAAGCCCCAAAGUUUCUCCACAGCUCCAGAAGUGGUGGAAGAGGAACGCUCUCCAUGCGAGCAUUGUGAGGAAUCGUCUUGGUGGCCAGCACCGGAGUUGAGGAAAAGACACACGCGGCGGGAUGAAUUCUGCAAGGCCUGGCGGCUGCGAGUUUGCGGUCCUUCUGCCUCUGGGUUCAGACUCCUCUGCGCAUGAUCGCAGCGGUUUCUGGCUUGUUCUUCAGUCCAGGGACUGCCAAGGAUGGCUGGCCCACACGCCUCGUUUCGGAUUCCAGUUCCCACCCCUCUUUCAUGGCAUGUGAAUCCUGAAGUGGUGAAUCCAGAGUUGCCCCAGCAUUUGGCUCCUCUCCAUCCAAAGAGGCAGCAUGGAGCCAUGAGGACCAGAAACCUUGGCGAGCCUUUAAGCGUGUGCGAAUUGGUGGCCAGCACCGUCACAGGAAGUCAAUUCCAGGGGUGCCGGGUGAAGAAGCCCUUCCUUGGAUCUGCCUGAAAUCUUUGCCCCUCCUGGGCUGUGAGAAGGGGAAGUCGGGAGGAAGAUGUCCCCGUCUCCACACGCCCCGCACCAGGCCUGCCCCCGUGCUCUGCUCGCGUGCCAUUGCUCCGGGCUGAAGACUCUUGGCUGUUGCCACUCUGCCU